GCAUUGACCAUGUCAGCAUUAGAUUGGACCUAGAAACUUUAUUCCAGUUCAGCCAUCUUAUCCUGACUUUUAAGACAUUUCGGCCUGCAGCAAUGCUCGUUGAGCGCUCCACUGACUUCGGUCAGACCUGGAAAGCAUUUAGAUAUUUUGCACAGGACUGUGCAGCUUCUUUUCCCAACAUCUCCUCUGGUCCAGCAAAAAGUGUGGGAGACGUCAUUUGUGAUUCAAGAUACUCGGACAUCGAGCCCUCCACUGAAGGCGAGGUUGUUUUAAAAGCUUUGGAUCCCAGCUUUGAAAUAGAAAAUCCAUAUGUGCCAUAUAUCCAAGAGCUCAUUACGUUGACAAACCUAAGGAUCAAUUUUACUAAACUCCACACCCUUGGGGAUGCUCUGCUUGGAAGAAGGCACAGGGAUCCCCUUGAGAAGUACUACUAUGCUAUCUAUGAGAUGGUUGUGCGGGGCAGCUGCUUUUGCAAUGGCCAUGCCAGCCAGUGUGAUCCUGUGCAGAAUCUGCGGGGAGAUAUUUUCCAUCAGUCUGGGAUGGUCCAUGGGAGAUGUAUCUGCCACCAUAAUACUGAAGGUUUGUCUUGUGAAAGAUGUAAAGAUUUCUACAAUGAUGCUCCCUGGAGGCCAGCUGAAGGGACACAAGAUAAUGCUUGCAAACGAUGUAACUGCAAUGGCCACUCUGGCAGAUGCCACUUUGACAUGGCCGUGUACCAGGCCAGUGGUGGCGUCAGCGGUGGUGUUUGUGAGGACUGUCAGGACAACACCAUGGGGCAACACUGUGACCAGUGCAAACGUUUCUUUUACCGGGAUCCACUCAAAGUCAUCUCAGACCCUCAGGCGUGCCUCCCCUGCAACUGUGACCCAGAAGGUACGUUGCACAACGGCGUGUGUGACAGCCACACAGAUCCUGCUCUGGGAAUGGUCGCAGGCCAGUGCCCUUGCAAGGAGAACGUGGAGGGUGUCCGCUGUGACAAGUGCAGGGUGAACUACUACGGGCUGAGCGGCAGUGACCCUCUGGGCUGCCAGCCCUGCAACUGCGAUCCCUCCGGCAGUUUGCCCUUCUCUGCCUGCGAUCCUGCCACAGGAGAGUGCCUCUGCCAGCGGUUUGCCACGGGGCGACGCUGUGAAAAAUGCGUCGUCGGGUACUGGGGUCUUGGCAACAGCUUGUAUGGCUGUUCUCCAUGUGACUGUGAUAUUGGUGGAUCCCAGAAUAACUUGUGCUCACCGAAGGAUGGUCAGUGCAAGUGUCUUCCCAACAUCGUGAGCCGCCAGUGCAACGAGCCAGCCCCAGGCUACUUCUUUUUACCCCUGGAUUAUUACGUUUAUGAAGCUGAGCAUGCAAAGCCCCUUUCUGGAUCUGCACCAUUGGGUGCAAUGGAGUUCGGACAGGACUCGGCUGUGGCUGUGGUUUUCAGGCAGCCCAGUGCCAGUCGGUCUGUCACAUGGACAGGACCCGGCUUUGCACGUGUUCCCAAUGGAUCUGGGCUGAGCUUUGCCAUCAACAAUGUUCCCUUUGCUAUGGACUUCGAUAUCACGAUUCGUUAUGAGCCUGAGUCCUUGGAAGACUGGCUAGCAAGUGUUACCAUCCAGCCCACUGGUAUUUUGUCGAGUCAACGCUGCAAAAACAAGGGCCUUUCACAGGAGCCACAUGUGUUGCCUCUUCCAGCUACAAAGAGGAUUGCACUUCUGCAAACUCCAGUCUGUCUGGAGCCAGGAACAGAAUAUUCUGUGGAUGUGUACUUCUCUCAGCCCUCUGCCUCUGACCCAAAGGCGAAAUCGUUCAUCUUGAUUGACUCACUUGGACUUAUUCCCAGAAUUGGCUCUGUGGAGAACUUAUGCAGUGAAAAGGAUUUAGAUGAGUACCAGAAGUAUCACUGUAUUGAAAUUGCAUCAGAAGUUGGACCUCACAUCCUCCCCGAAGUGUGCACACGGCUCAUAGCGAGCAUGUCAGCACGCAUUCACAACGGUGCCGUCGCAUGUAAGUGCAAUCCCCAAGGGUCACUGAAUGCCAGCUGCAGUAAACUGGGGGGGCAGUGUCAGUGCAAAGCCAAUGUUGUGGGACGCUGCUGUGACACCUGCUCUGCAGGCAGCUAUGGCUUCGGCUUCCACGGCUGCUACGCAUGUGAGUGCCACCCACAAGGCUCGCUGAGCACGCUGUGCGACCAGGUGACGGGGCAGUGCUCCUGCCGCCGGGAGGUGGAUGGUCAGCGCUGCAGCCGAUGCCUGGCCGGGUAUUUUGGGUUUCCCCACUGCCGUCCUUGCCUGUGUAACGAAUUUCUGCUGCUGACUGUUGACUGCUUUGACAGGUGCAUGGAUGGCUAUUACGGAAACCCUCUGAACAGAGAACCCUGCCACCCCUGCAUGUGCCCAGGGGCGCCUACAAGCAAUAGGUAUUUUGCCUAUUCCUGUUACCAGGACAACCAGUCUGCACAACUAGUCUGCAAUUGUCUCGAGGGAUAUUCAGGCAGUCGGUGUGACGAGUGUCCUAGUGGGUUCUACAAAAUCCCAGGCAGCCCCGGGCUUGACUGUGCACCAUGUCCCUGCAAUAACAACAUUGAUGUGACAGACCCAGAGUCCUGUAACAGGGUCACCGGGGAAUGCACCAAGUGUUUACACAACACUCAUGGAGCAAACUGCCAGUUCUGCAAACCAGGGUAUUUUGGCUCAGCCCUCGACCAAAACUGUCAAAGGUGCACGUGCAAUCCGGCGGGCGUUCGCCCUGCCACGUGCCCGGGCGGGGACGCAGCCUGUCUGUGUGACCCAGCCAUGGGAGCUUGCCCUUGCCUGCCCAAUGUGGUGGGCUCAACGUGUGACCAGUGUGCCUCUGGCUACUGGGACCUGGCUAGUGGAAAAGGAUGUCAGGUCUGUGACUGUGAUCCAAAAAACUCCCAAAGCAACCAGUGCAACCAGCUUACAGGCCAGUGUCCAUGUAAGCUAGGUUACAGUGGAAGACGUUGCAAUGAAUGUGAGGAGAAUUACUUUGGCAAUCCCCAGACGCAUUGCAUUUCGUGUGAGUGUAACCCGGAGGGAACCAGCCAGCCCAAGUGUGACAAAGUCACCGGCGCAUGUAACUGCCGCGCUGGUGUCACCGGCCGGUUCUGCAACCAGUGCGGUCGUGGCUUUGAGAAAGACUUUCCCUCUUGCCGUCAGUGUCAUUUUUGUUUUGAUCAGUGGGACACUGAAAUUACUGCCCUUGCUCAGACUGUUCAGGGGUUAAUGAGGUUUGCUGCAAAUCUCGAAGAUAAAGGAGGACGAAUGCCCAGCUGUGACAUGCGCUUCAAAGCCUUUGAAGAUGCCAUUUCUGAAAUUGAAAGAAUUUUGAGACAUCCUGUUCGUUCACCAGAGGCCCUCUCAGGCAUCAAGGAUUUUCACGGCUAUGUUCAACAAAAAGUUGCACAAAUGGAUCCACUUCACAGUAGGCUGUAUGAGUUUCCUGACCUUAACAAGAACAUAGAAGAUAUUGGGGAAGAAGCUGACCUAGUAUAUGAACUUCUACAACAGAAAAUACAUCUGCAUCAAAGUUUUCAUUACUUGAAUCUCAAAGAGGCCAUCAGCAACAUUAGGGAACACUUUGAAGUGUCACUGCUGGCAGAACAGAAGACCAGUGGGACAACCCCUAUUGUGAGAUACUCAGAGUACACCAGGAACCACACGCUUGCUAUGUUGGGCCAUCAGGCCUUGAAAGCAAGCAGUGUGCUGGAACAGCUGAAGAUGAUCAAGAGGCCCAACAUCCAAAAUUUGAACGAAAAGAUCUGUGGUGUGCCAGGAGACCAGCCCUGUGUCACAGCAGCCUGUGGGGGAGCUUUGUGCCGGGACAGUCAUGGACUUAGGCAAUGCGGUGGCCCAAACUGCAGCGGAGCUCUUUCUCUCUCCACUGAUGCCUUCAGGAAAGCUGAGGAGACUGCUGUGUUGCUAAAUAACCUGACUAUUCAGCUACGGGAACCUGAGAAUCAGGUUGAAAGCAUUAGAAAAAUGGCAGAAGACAGCAAGCUGAAAGGCUCACAAUUUAAUGGGCAAUUGGAGAGGACAAAGAAUCAAAUUGAAGUUGACCAAGAGAUCACCAAGGAGUUCAUCCAAAAAGUGAAAGAUUUCUUGUUAGAUGAGAGCGCCCCUCCAGAAGACAUUGAGAAGGUGGCAAAUUAUGUUCUGCAAAUAAACCUUCCCCUGACUCCACAAGACCUCUCGGGCACGCUUGGCAAAAUCAGGAGCAUUAUGAACCACUGUGAGAAGUACAAACUGAAUGCAAAUAAGAGAAACAGAAAAGGGGAGGAAGCUCGGAUGCUGCUGGUGGAGGCACAAGAAGCCGACAAAGCAGCUAAAGCUCUUCCACCUGUGGAUGAAAUUAAUAAUAAACUAAAAAAUGUUGUGAAGUCCCACGGACACUCCAAAAACACCUUCAUAAAGUUAAAUGAAGGGAUACGAGGCAUCAGAACACAAAUCUCACAGGCUGAGAACCAAGUGACCAAGACAAACGAUGAACUAAACGACUUGUCAGCAAAACAGUCUGAGAUGGAAGACGAAAUCGCCACACUGCAGGCAAAAAUGCUGAUGAACAAGAAUCAAGCUACAAAGGCAAAAGCAGAGGCAGAAGCAGCACACAAGCGAGCCCAGAAUAUUGAUAACGAAUUUGCUGACAUGAAAAGAAAGUACACCAUUCUUCAAGAAAAGCUAAAAGCCCAAGGACCUCCAAAAGUAACAGUAGAAAAAGUGAAGCAGCUGAAAGAAGAAGCAGAAAAACUGGCUGAAGAGACCGAAAAAAAAAUUAAAAGAAUAACAGAUUUGGAGAAGAAGCUUCAGGACCUGAAUCAAACCAAACAAGACAAGGCAGAGCAACUGAGACAACUAGAGGAACAAGUGAUAGCCAUUAAAAAUGAAAUAAUGGAGCAGGAAAGCAAGUAUGCAACAUGCAAAAGUUAG